CCCCGUGGAAAAACCUUUGACGUGGCACGCGAUCCGGAUGUGACAUCUCCAAGCACGAUCCUGCUCUGCCCCUGAUCGUCCUCAUCCUCACUUCUGUUGCACAUCUUCAGGUGUGCAGCAUCGCCUGCAGCUUGUGUAUCAUCACCCCACGCUUUGGUUCGCAACAAUGUGGCUGCUACUGUUGACUCUGCUUUCCUGUGCGUCCUCAUAUGAGGUGGACGUCAACAAGCUGGAGGGGCUGGCUCGAGCCAGGGUGGAGACUUGUGGUGGAUGACAGUUAAAUAAACUCAGAGAGGUCAAAGCCUUUGUGGUCCAGGAUAUUCCUCUUUACCAUAAUCUGGUGAUGAAGCACAUUCCUGGGGCCGACCCUGAGCUUGUCCUCCUGAACCAUUACUAUGAGGAGCUGGAUCGGAUCGCCUUGUCUGACAUGACUCGCUCGGAGAUCAACGAGCUUUUGGCCAAACUGGGCUUCUACAAGAAGGCUCACGCAGAUGAUGAAGUGCCAGAAGAGUUCCGCUUAGCUCCCGCCAAAGACAGCCCGUUUGAAAGUGAGCGAGUGAAUAAGCCUGCCACUGCCUCAGAGGUCACUCAGAAGCCAUCCUCCUCAGAGCCUGAACCCAAGGUCGAGCACACUGACUUAUAACAACGGGACUGCUGCUAGACAAUGCCAGCAGUUCCUGGAACAGAGGGACAAACCAUUUGCUUCACUAAAUGAAUUUUCUUUUUGAUGCACUGAUUGGUUUAAGGCUUAGUUUUUCAUUUUCCGUCGGUGGUUGUUUUGAGUUCGCCUUGCUUGUGUUUGCUUCUGACCCACUGAGCUACCCAAUGAUGCUGCAGGCUAAAAAUCUGCUGAUUGGUCUGAGGCUGAUGCUACAUGUAGUGGUGGAUGGGUUGCUAAACACAAUGAGGUUCAAGUGUCACCACUGGAAAAAAAUAAAAUGUUUCCAACAAAUGCA